UGCCAGGUUAGUGAAAUCAAUAAAAGCUGUAUGAGAAUAGGUCGUUAUUGUUUAGCCGGUUUCCAACAAUUUUCCUAUUAUAUUUGUGCACUAAUUAUAAUAGUGCAUAGAAUUAAACAUAAAAUAUGUCAUCUCAAGUAAACCAUCUAGGAGUUAGUAAGAGAAAGCCAAUUCGCCCAAGUAAUUUGGUCGAGUUUAAUUAUUCGGAAGACAACGAUGGGCAAAUAUAUGCAUUUGAGGAAGAACAUAGUGAUAGUUCAAAAUCAGCAAACACAAGCAAUGAGCUAUCAUCAAAAUUGGUUUAUGAUCCGGAGAGUUCCAAAGAUAUAAAGGAAUAUGAUUAUGUUGACAAAACAUCUAACACAUGUUUAUGGAUAACCUUGUUAUUCGUAGUUAUUUUAUUAUUAGCUGCCGCCUUGAUAACUGUAAGUAAUAGUAGUGAAAAGCGAUGUUCAUUUGAAAUGCUGCGACAAAAAUAUAAAGACCAGCAUUCCAAAAUGUGGCAUACUCUCUCUAGUGGAGUAGAAAAUAUUUUAAGAGACCGCACAAAAAAUCCCGUUGUAAAUCUUUUUGUACACAAUGAUAGCAAGAAAUUGAAGAGCAUGGUUGGGGAAAUUGCUAAAGAGACAUCCCGAUGUUUUGGUGGUCAGUUAAUUGAGAUGAGCGAAUUUGAUUUCACAUCCCCGAGAGCAAUGGAAGACUACGGAUAUGCUAUAUUAAAGUUUAAAGAAAAAAUUCAAAACGGACGUGUUGCUCUUAUCGUUAACUUGAACGCCAUUCCCGCAGAAUCAGCUUGCGCUUUACACACUAUAUGUGAUACACAUAGUCCGGUAGCUGAAGAUAUAGUUAUCUACCUAACUUUGGUUAUACCGUCAACAAUUGGGAAUGAAGUAAAUAUUGCUCGAGAUACUCUAACAAAUCUCUGGGGUUCAAAACUGAAGAAUAACGUACUUGAGCCCUUAAUAACUCGGGUCACGGAUCAAAUUUUAACGUUAAUAUAGUUUAACAAACCCAUUAAUAGCUGGAAAUAUUGAAAAAGGGGCGUUUGUAAAAAAUAAAAAACAACUUGGAAAUAACGGACACCCUAAUGUACAUAUUAAUUUUCAGAAGCAAAAGUUGUAUUUAUAUAAAAAUACAAAAGCUAAAUUAUGUACACUUUCAUCCAAUUUUCUACUGGAAUUGUCAUAAUAAAAAAUACCUUUUAAAAAUA